UUACCAAUCAAAAACCGUCCGAUGGGACCAAUCAAUUAGAACCAACUCCAUCAGAACCAACUCCAUUAAGCAGUGGCACAUAUUGGCCAUCUUCGCUGUUUUUAGCGUAAAUUAAAUAGCGCAGAAAAGAGAUAUCGACAAGAAAGUAGUGACCGGCCAAGAGGCUCCAGAGAUCUUCUAUGACCGCGUCAGUCUUUCCCACUUGCCAGCUCCUCUGCACAUGCCGCCCGAAGCCUCACAUACUCCAUCGCACGCGUGGUUCGACGAGGAGGAGGCGGUUGACACUUGCGGCGGCCGCGGCGUCACGUUCGAUGGAAGCGGAGGGGAAGAAAGACGGGGCGCUUAAGAAGGGCAUAGCGGAGUUCUACGACGAGUCGUCGGGGACGUGGGAGAACAUCUGGGGCGACCACAUGCACCACGGGUUCUACGACCCGGAUUCCACUGUUUCGGUCUCGGACCAUCGGGCCGCCCAGAUCCGCAUGAUCGAUGAGGCGCUCCGAUUCGCCGGGCUUUCAGAGGACCCUACAAAAUGGCCUGAAAGCGUGGUUGAUGUUGGGUGUGGGAUAGGCGGUAGCUCCAGAUACCUAGCAAGAAAAUACGGGGCCAAAUGCCAAGGUAUCACCCUUAGUCCUGUCCAGGCCCAAAGAGCUAAUGCUCUUGCUGCUGCUCAAGGACUAGCCGACAAGGUUUCCUUUCAAGUUGCAGACGCUUUGGAACAACCAUUUCCUGAUGGGAAAUUUGAUCUGGUGUGGUCCAUGGAGAGCGGUGAACACAUGCCUGACAAAGCAAAGUUUGUUAAUGAGUUGACUCGAGUUGCAGCCCCAGGAGCGACUAUUAUAAUAGUAACAUGGUGCCAUAGGGAUCUCGCUCCUUCUGAGGAAUCUUUGCAGCCGUGGGAGAAAGAGCUUCUGAACAAGAUAUGUAAAUCUUUUUAUCUUCCAGCAUGGUGUUCAACUGCUGAUUAUGUCAACUUACUGGAGACCCUUUCUGUCCAGGAUAUAAAGACAGCAGAUUGGUCGCCGUAUGUCGCCCCAUUUUGGCCAGCAGUGAUACGGUCGGCAUUGACAUGGAAGGGCCUGACAUCGCUGUUGCGAAGUGGACUAAAAACCAUAAAGGGAGCUUUGGCAAUGCCAUUGAUGAUCGAAGGAUUUAAGAAGGACCUGAUUAAGUUUGCCAUCAUCACGUGUCAAAAGCCUGAAUAAGCUACUGAGGUAGCAAGAUGCACGGGCCAUGAAUAAGGAGAAAUGGACUCAAACAGGCGCAUGAGACCAGAAAGUAUGUGACAUUGAUGCAGAGCAGUGUCUAUCUCAUGGAGAACCAUAUCCAGAGCCAAUAGGUUGCUGUCUUACUCUUUGCCAAAGAUAUUUUCUGUGGCUGCUACAGUUUUCACAUGUGCCUUAUUGCUUUCAGUAGUGUAAACUGUAAAACUCCUGGUAUCGUUAACAUUUUAUGAAUGAUAAACAUAUGAAAUAAGAGGCUUGAAACUGA